ACCACUUGUUUAGCAAGCGCCACAGUCUCGUGAUCGUAUUUAACAAUUCUCUGUGGUUUUCAGUAUUUUUCAAAUUGAAAAUGGCGCUCCAUUCUGCAGUUAAAGGGAAAUUAAUUUCAGUCAUCGGCGACGAGGACACCUGCGUGGGCUUCCUGCUCGGCGGGAUUGGCGAAAUCAACAAAAACAGACAGCCUAACUUCAUGGUAGUGGACAAGAAUACGGCCGUCAGCGAAAUCGAAGACUGCUUCAAGCGCUUCAUCAAACGCGACGAUGUGGACAUCAUCCUCAUCAACCAGAACGUCGCCGAGCUGAUCCGACACGUGAUCGACGGCCACACACAACCCGUGCCAGCCGUGCUGGAGAUCCCAUCCAAGGACCACCCAUACGACGCCAGCAAGGACUCCAUCCUACGCCGGGCAAGAGGCAUGUUCAAUCCAGAGGACAUGGUCCGCUAGUUGCUUGGGUUUUAUUGUGUCCAUCAAAGUUAGUAGCAACAAUAGAGGAGAACAAGUUAAAAUUUCAAUAACAUUCAUAUUAUGAUAUAGGAGAUUAUUCAAUAAAUACAAGUACAAGAAGGAGAACAGAAAA